AAAAGUCGCCUCUGUUCGGGGACUCGAUCCUUUCCCUUCCUGCCCUCCACCUCCCAUUCCCAGUAACAUGGCGGAUACAGUGGCGGACACUCGCCGGCUUCUGAGCAAACCACAGAAUCUAAAUGAUGCCUACGGACCUCCUAGCAACUUCCUUGAGAUUGAUGUGCGCAACCCGCAGACAGUAGGGGUUGGCCGGGGCAGGUUCACUACUUAUGAGGUCCGCUUGAAGACAAAUCUUCCCAUUUUUAAGCUGAAGGAGUCUUGUGUUAGAAGACGAUACAGUGAUUUUGAAUGGCUAAAAAGUGAGCUUGAAAGAGAAAGCAAGGUAGUAGUGCCUCCUUUACCUGGAAAAGCUCUCUUUCGGCAGCUUCCAUUUAGAGGAGAUGAAGGAAUAUUUGAUGACUCUUUCAUAGAGGAAAGGAAGCAAGGCCUCGAACAAUUUCUAAACAAAGUUGCGGGACAUCCAUUGGCGCAGAAUGAACGGUGUCUUCAUAUGUUUUUACAAGAUGAAAUUCUAGACAAGGACUACACCCCAUCCAAAAUAAGACACGCCUAAGAACUGGAAAUUGGACUGAAAUACUAUGACUUUAAUACGUCAAAUACUAUGACCCUUAUAACAUUUACUGUCAUCAGCAUGUUACAAUCUGCUGUUAUGAAUGUAACAUACUAACCUCCAUCUUCUUUCUUUAAAUGUUGUUCCACAAACUGGUUCAUUUGCUGCUAUUGUGACUCCGUCUGCUUGGUUGCCUGUGCUGGACUGUGGAUUAGUCUUGUUUUAUACAUUGAGGACCCUACAUGUUGCUGAUAUUUUUGUUUUCCGUUGGCCAUAUACAAAGCUGAGGUAUGGGACCUGUUAUCCAGAAUGCUCAGGACCUGGGGUUUUCCAGAAAAUGGAUCUGUCCAUAAAUUGGAUCUCCAUACCUUACGUGUACUAGAAUAUCAUGUAAACAUUAAAUAAACCCAAUAGGCUGGUUUUGCUUCCAAUAAGGAUUAAUUAUAUCUUAGUCUGGAUCAAUUACGAGCUACUGUUUUAUUAUAACAGAGGGAAAAUAAUUUUUAAGUAUUUGGGGAGUCUAUGGGAGACGGCCUUUCCGUAAUUCAGAACUUUCUUGAUGACGGGUUUCAGGAUAGUGGAUCCCAUAACUGUAUUUGCCUUUUUUUUUUCCAGCUUUCAAAUGGGGUUCACUGACUGUUUCUAAAAAAGCAAAUGCUCUGUAAGGCUAUAAAUGUAUUGUUAUUGCGACUUUUUAUCACUCCUCUUUCUAUUCAUGGCCCUCUCCUAUUCAUAUUCCAUUUUCUUCUUCAUAGCAAAUGCAUGGUUGCUAGGGUAAUUUGGACUCUAGCAACUAGACUGCUGAAAUUGCAAAUUGGAGAACUGCUGAAUAAAAAGCUAAAUAACCGCAAUUAAUAAAUAAUGAAAACCAAUUGCAAAUUGUCUCAGAAUAUCCCUCUCUACAUCAUACUAAAAGUUAACUCAUUAGUGAACAGCCCCUUUAAACAGUUUUAAGCAGUGAUGGAUGAGGAAAUAUCCCCCAUUGACUUGCUUCCUAUUGCUUUUCUUAAACCAUAUUUUGAAUUCUUUAAUGAUUGGGGCCCUGUGCAUCAUAAUGGUUAUCUAACAAGUUUCUCUAUACUGGUCCUUAAUAGGCAUAUUUAUAAAGGUGUGUUUCAUGUUUAAUGGCCAAAAAGUUGUAAAGUUUGGAGCAAAUGGCCAAUUUAUAAUGUCUCUUGCCUUUAGCCAUAAAAUGCCAUAUAUCACAAUCAUGUAAAUAACCCUUUGCAAAGAGCUAGUCUGCAUAUUUAUAAAUGUGUAUUUUACUAUGCUUAAGCCUAAAAUUACCCCGUUAUUUUACACCGCUCUCUGUGUGGCACAACCCAUUGAAGUCAAUGGGACCAAUUCAGGGUUCACAGAAUUUCUGAAGUAAAUCGUGCAGAUUGGUUUGAAAUAAGUGACAACACUAUGCACUGGUUUUGGUUUUUAUGUGGCCUUUUCCCAAACAGUGCAUCUUUUUAGGUAAGAUUGGUGCCAUCAACUGGACAUUUGCAUAAUAUCACUAGACCACUUUAUAAAUAUGUGUGAUUUGUACUUUUUAGUGUACCAGGGUGUUAUUGUAUUAUAACAUCAUUUUUACACAGCUUUACAAAUAUGCCCUAAGUGUUAUUCUUCUUAUAAUCAGAUCUUUUUUUAUAGAUUGUGUAACUGAUAGGAGAUCUGCUUGUAGCAAAAUGUGUAUCCAGGUAAAUAUGAAAACAAGCACAAAAAGUGCUAGACAGAGUAGUAUUAACAGAGUUCCAAUCAGUUGUGAGUGCUUUCAGCAUCAACCAUUUGUGGGAUAGACUGAUAGUCCUACAGUGCUCAAGCAGUUGAAAUACGUAAUGACAGCCUUUAAGAGCUUUGAUUUAUCUGUAAUUCCAGCAAUCGCAUGCGCCUGCCUUGCAUCAUUUUUUUUUCCCAUUCAUGUGGGAAAAUUAUGGCUGGAUAUAUGCACAGUAUUAUAGUUGUAUUCUUUCAACCUGUAUUUCUUUUAUUUACAAGAUUUAAAAUAAAGCAAUAUUAUGAUUGUAUCCCCUAUUAAAAUGAAGCCCAAUCUGUAGAACUCCACCCGUGUAAGCAUUUAGGUUUUUAUAGAUACCACAAUGGGUUCAGCAACAGCUAGAAAAAUAUAACCAUUCUCAGUUCCAGUAGCCCACAUGUUUAAAAGAGGGUGUUUCAUGUACGAUUAGUUGCUUUAUCACAGAGACCUGCAAUCUCUGGCUCUGGAGCUAGAAUUCCCUGAUAUUUACUCUUGUAUUUCAGCAAUAAUUAGGAGAGCCAUGUUGGUUGCAGCUCUAUAAUUCAGGAUUUUCUUCCUUUAACUGAUAUUUAGUAACUCCCAGACUUUCACAGUGACCCAUUUUUCAGUAUGGCAUCCUUAAUUAAGUUAUUUUAUCCAUGCUGUUUGGUUUUUGUGUUUAACUGUUUUAGCAACCAGGAAAUGUAAAACAGACCAGGUAAUUUUCACUUCUCUGCACAAUUCUCUUCCUCUAUUUCAACCCCAUCAGCUUUAAAAUCUGAACAAGCUGAUUAUGAGGGAGAUAACUAUACAGAGUAGUGUCUGAAAAUGCUGCUUGGACCAGUUAUUUAAACCAUUUAUGGCCAGCACAGUAGUGCUAACGAAAAAGCAUAUUAUCAGUGCAAAAGAUUUAAAGAAGUAGACAGUUAAGGUUCAUUUCAAACUGCUUAGAAGAACUCUAAGGUCAGUUGCAUUCAUUUUAGGGUUAGUUCCCCUUUAAAUUCAGCUUUUAUAUCUAAAAUGUGUUUGUUAUUGCAAUGUUCUUUGAAAUUGAAAAUAAGACCACUUGAUUUUUUAAUGAAAGUCCACUUGGUAGAAAUUGUCCUGUAUGUCUGGCUGCGAACUGUAACUAACCUCUAAACUGCUUCUUGUUGUAUCAUCACCUCCUGGUCUUACUCUGCAUCAUUCAUCAUAUAUUCUGUUUUUUUCUAAUGUAUAAUAAUGUGUAGACAUGUAUGGGGUAAAGUAAUAAUGGGAGCAAGUACCAAACAAUAGGUAGCAUCUUAUUCACUUCAUUGGAAAGUAAAUACUUGCUUAAAACCUUGAGUAAACCACAUUAUUAUUCUUACCCCAGUUGAUCUGCUUUUAUGCUUGCAGAAGACUUUAUACUUAACAUUAUGGAGAAAUUACUUUAUAAAAUAUUAAACAUUUAUAUGAUUUGUGUAAUAUUUUACCUUUUUGAAAUAAAAUUGUAAGUCUAAAAAAUCCA